AUGGCUAACCCUCCGCUCACCGAGAAGCUCGUGUACCAGACUCUCCGGGGGAUCUUCGUCGGAAACGACUCCCAGGUUCGCCAACUAAAACCCAUCUGUCAGGUCAUCAGCAAGCACCACCAGACAAACGUCAAAAUCAGGGAAUUCACCCUGAAAUACGACAUCAAUGAAGUUAGCAAGAUAGCCAAAGUCUUACUGGAAAACAAGAUCUUUGGUUCAGAGGCGAAAGCAAAGCUGCGUUUUCCUGAGCUUUUCGAGAUCUCGUCCGGUCAAGCCAAUCAGCCAACUACCUCUGAACCCAAGGUCGCAACGAGCUGCACAACGGCUGUACAACGCGUAGGGGUUUACAGCCCUGAAGAACUUCUGAAUAUUGGGGACACGCUUAAGCAGGAGAAAAAAGAAGAGAAGACUGAAACCGGUCCAGCAGACUCACCGACUGAGCCGUUCGACUCCAUAUGCCUACCACUCUGGGAUCAGCACAGACUUCUCACCAGAAUUCAGUAUGCUCUUGAAAAGGCCUGUUUUACAUUUGCGCAGAGAAGUCUUGGUGGGGUUUUGCAAAGAGAAGGAUGGGACUGUGCAGAAGCAGUUGAACUCAAUCGAUGGCCUAAGGUCCUACUCACCUAUCAAGAGGAACUUCAUCUAGACAAUGUAAGGGAUAUCGCAAAGCCUUUGCCCACUCUCUUGGACUCAAUCACCCAACUCCGGCACGACGCGGUCCAUCGAACUCGUCUUUCGUCGAAUGUUCUUUUGCAACGUAUGACCGACGCAAGACUUCUAGCGCGACUACUGCAAGAUGAAGAAUGCAGCAAGUUGAUGUCGACCAUACGACAAAAGACCCAAGAAGCUAUCGAAAGACUAGUGCGCAACAAGCAGUUACUGGACUGCAAAUUGGCCGAGAUCAAGAAAGAGUUUGCGGCAAAGAGGACUGAGUUGGAGCGUCAAGAAAUUGUGUUGCUGGAGGCAACGGCUAGAGAGCACGGAGAGCCUGUGGUAUCCGUAAGCAGAAGUUUGGAUAUGCUAGCUGGGGAGCGUGGUGGUUCUGGUGAGAUUCAUGCGGGGUCAAGAUAUGUCCACGAUGCUGAUCUAUCUGAUGACGACUCUUCUGGGUCUGAAGGCACUGUCGAAGAAGAGGAGAGAAAGGCCGAAGAGGAGAGGAAGAAGAUGGUUAAAGAAGAGAAGAAGAAGGCCAAGAAAGAGAAGAAGGCUGCCAAGGAGCAGGCCAAACAACAGGAAGAAGCGAACAAGAUGGCAACCGAAGAGAAGGAGAGUACUGCCGAGCCUGGAAUGGGGCAAGAAACGGGAGAUGGUGUUGCCAAAGCGGUUGAUGGAGAUACCGAGAUGCUCAACCAGCUACUUCCCUUACUCGCACCGCCAGCGGACAGUGUUUCGAUCGGAUCAGCUCUCACUGACGAGAAGAAUGAAGCCGAGAAGGAAAGACAUGAAAAUCUAUUGGAGGUAGAGCAGUUUUUCGAGUGUCCGGAAGUUGUACCUGAUGACCAUGAGAGCGAUCCGAAGCACCCCUCGAAAGACCCGCCACUCAAUGACGAGGUUGUGGCGACGGACACGAUGACCUUGAUCAAUGAAGAUGAAGAGAAGCCAGAAAUAGCAGCCCUAAUCAAUUUGGGUGAUUCUAAUGGUCAAGAGCACUACGAAGAACCCCUUCGUGAGCCAAGCACCAAUCCUGCUUCUACUAGCGAGGGAAAGACUGGGGAAGACGCCGAUCCAGAACAUUGUAAAUCACCUACAAGAGACGUCGCAUUCUUCGGAAGCGGCCACAUUGAUCUUGAAGCAAGAUCAGAACAGUCUACUGCCACCAAGGGUCGGUCGUAUCCUCUUACAAUCAUCCAGUCCUAUCAAGAAGAGUCGUGGCCAGGCUCGGGUGGACUUCCGGUCAAGUGGGUGGAUUGA